UACACGUUGUUUUGAAGUGUGUUUAACAGAAAACAGUUCGUGGUGUGCUGUGAAAGUGGCUUUAUCGCGCUGUUUGUGGUGAUUAUUUUCACCGUGACUCUCAUGCAGGUCUCCGUUUGGAUAGUUAGCAGCUGCUGUUCAAACCAGGAGAGUAAAAAGUGACAGAAAAAGAAAGUUUAGAGAAAGCUAAUUAGCUGCUAGCUGAGAGGCAGCAUGGAGCUGAUAGCUGGAAGCUACGAACAGAUCACCUUCGGUUACAGCGUGAAAACCGAUGAAAAGGAGUGGACGGCCAAAGCCAACUUCACACAUCACGCCCACACGGCCUCGGUGUCAGCUGUCGCCACCAGCCAGCGCUUCGUCGUCACAGGAAGCAAAGAUGAGACCAUCCAGCUGUACGACAUGAAGAAGAGAAUCGAGCACGGAGCUUUGCUGCAUCACGACGGAACCAUCACCUGCCUCGAGUUUUACGGUUCGUCUCACCUGCUGAGCGGAGGAGAGGACGGACUGCUGUGUGUUUGGAGCACAAAGAAAUGGGAAUGUCUGAAAUCCAUUAAAGCUCACAAAGGCCACGUCACGUCCAUGUCCGUCCAUCCUUCUGGGAAACUCGCACUUUCAGUAGGAACAGAUAAAACUCUGAGAACGUGGAAUCUCAUUAACGGAAGAUCAGCAUUCAUCAAAAACAUAAAACAGAACGCCCACAUCGUCAGAUGGGCUCCAGACGGGGAUAAAUAUGUGGUUGUGGUGAAUGACAAAGUGAACGUCUACGACCUGCAGACGGCCUCCGUGACGGGAACGAUCACAAACCUGAAGAGGAUCUCGUCUGUUAACUUCUUAAAUAACUCCAUCCUGGCCGUCGCAGGAGACGAUGAAACUGUGAGGUUGUGCAACGUGACAACAGAGAAUUGGCUGUGUGAGUUCAAGGCUCAUGAAACCAGAGUGAAAGCAGUGGAUAGUUUGAUGAUGGAGGAUUACUGCGUAGUGGUGACGGCUUCCAACGAUGGAUUCAUCAAAAUGUGGAAACUCCAUCUCAAAGAGAAGCUGGAAUCUCCCACCCUCCUGGGGGAAGUGAACACAGCAGCUCGGCUGACGUGCCUCGCCGUGUGGAAACCUUCAUCAGGGCAGCAGAUCGCCGAGGAACCAGCGACUGAAGCAACGACGUCUGAAGAACACGUGCAGGAACUUUCAAAGACGAAGCGAGUCCGGAUCGCAGCAGAAGAAGUCGUCCUGGAAGACGAGAGCAAACCCAAGAAAAAGAAGAAGGACGGAGGAAAAUAGAAAGGCAGUGGAAGUGUGUGGAUGUGUGCUGUUUGUUUUUGCCGCCUGGAGGUGAGAAAGUGGAGGAUUUGUGAGGAUGUUUACUGAAAAGAAGAAAAAAUGAGAUGGAAAACAAUAAAAAAUGUUUUAUAAUCGAA